AUGCAAGAAGCGUACAGGAAGGAUGUUAAAAGAGCAUUUAGAAUACUACAAGCUCAAUGGGCUAUUGUUCGGGGCCCUGCACAUAUGUGGUGCAAGGAUAACCUCCACUCAAUCAUGAUGACGUGUAUAAUUUUGCAUAACAUGAUUGUGGAGGAUGAGUACGAAUAUAUUGAAGAGGAAUCUGAUGAUGAGGAUGCGUGUCAACAAUCCAGGAGGGCCAAAACAAGACAAUAUGAGCUGGAGCCAAGCAUUACAUACGAGUACUACCAAGAUAGGCAUACUCUCUCUGAUUACAUGAUUCGUCAUAAUAGAGUUUGA